CCUGACCUUACCUCCUCUCCAUCCAACUCUUCCUAUAUAUACGAUGCAGCCAUCCAUGUAUCCAUCAUCCACACAUAUGAACACAUACAACAUUGUCAUUUAGCUGUUCUUGCUUGCUGCUGCUGAAAAACCUGCAUGCUAGCAUCCCCUGCUCAGAAGAAACAGGGCUCUCGAGGAGGUCUGUCUUUUCAUCUCGGCUUUGUUCUUGGUUCGUCGAGGAGAGACAAUUUUUUUGGUGGUGCAAGCUAGGGGCUGAGGAGGUCGGACAUGGAGGAUGUGGCCAAGUUCUUGUUUGGGAUUUCAGGCAAUGUCAUUGCUCUGUUUCUCUUCCUAUCCCCGGUGCCUACUUUCUGGAGGAUCAUUCGUAACAAAUCCACAGAGGAAUUCUCCGGGGUGCCAUACAACAUGACGCUCCUCAACUGCCUCCUCUCCGCCUGGUACGGGCUGCCCUUCGUGUCCCCGAACAACGUCUUGGUGUCGACGAUCAACGGCGUGGGCGCGGUGAUCGAGACGGUGUACGUGGUGAUCUUCCUCGUCUUCGCGUCGAACAAGAAGGCGAGGCUCCGGACGCUCGGCCUGGCGUCGGCCGUCGCGGCGGUGUUCGCGGUCGUGGCGCUCGUCUCCAUGCUCGCCCUGCACGGCCCAGCACGCAAGCUCCUCGCCGGCCUGGCCAUGACCGUCUUCUCCAUCUGCAUGUACGCCUCGCCCCUCUCCAUCAUGAGGAUGGUGAUCAAGACGAAGAGCGUGGAGUACAUGCCGUUCCUGCUGUCGCUGGCGGUGUUCCUGUGCGGCACGUCGUGGUUCAUCUACGGCUUGCUCGGCCACGACCUCUUCGUCACGAUCCCCAACGGGUGCGGGAGCGUCCUGGGCGCCGCGCAGCUCAUUCUGUACGCCAUCUACCGGAACAACAAGGGCAACGCGGCCGGCGCCGGCAAGCUACAGGGCAACGACGUGGAGAUGUCCGCCGACGGCAGGAACAGCAAGGUCGCCGAUGGCGACGACCGCGGUGCGGCGGGGUUGACGAAGGCCGGCAAGAUGGCCAGCCAGGUUUAGCUAGAUCGGUCGAAGAUCAGUCAUAUUAUGUGCUUUUUCUACCAGUAUCUUGUUACUGCAAGAAUCCCGCGUUUUGACCUUGUGUAAUUAGCCAAUAGAGGACUGGCCUUUAAUUACCACCCUUGUACCUGUUUGUAACCUAAGAUGUAGCAGUAUUGCAUACGUGUACUGAAAUCUGAAGCUGCCUUUUCUA